GCUCACCAGGGCCGGCCUCUUUUGCAACUUUCCCAAGUCUGUGCAUGAGAGGGAGAGGAGGGAAACAGAAGGAAGUCGCUUGGCCUCAACAAGCUGUUCUGAUCCAAAGCCUUUUUCCUCUGAACCAGCUGAGAACUUCGCUCUACGAGGAGACCGCCGGACUCAGAGAAAACGCCGCCUGCCCUCGGAGGCCAGAUGCUAAGCGGCCACAGCUGCUCUGAAGCCCCUCCAUGAAUCCCCGGAAGAAGGUGGACCUGAAGCUCAUCAUCAUCGGAGCCCUGGGUGUAGGAAAGACUUCCCUCCUCCACCAAUAUGUGCACAAGACGUUUUACGAGGACUACCAGACCACACUGGGGGCCAGCAUCCUCUCCAAGAUUAUCAUCCUGGACGACACAACUUUGAAGCUACAGAUCUGGGACACGGGCGGACAGGAGCGGUUUCGCUCCAUGGUGUCCACAUUCUACAAAGGCUCCGAUGGCUGCAUCCUGGCUUUCGAUGUCACCGACCUAGAGUCCUUUGAAGCGCUGGAUACCUGGCGGGGUGAUGUUCUGGCCAAAACUAUUCCAAUGGAGCCUUCCUACCCCAUGGUGGUGCUGGGAAACAAGAUUGAUCUCGCAGACCGGCAGGUGCCCCCGGAGGUAGCCCAAGGCUGGUGUAAAGAGAAGGAUAUUCCCUACUUUGAAGUCAGUGCCAAGAAUAACAUCAAUGUGGUACAAGCCUUCGAGAUGCUGGCCAGUCGCGCUCUGUCCAGGUAUCGAAGCAUCUUAGAGAAUUACCUCACAGACUCCAUCAAGCUCUCACCAGAGGACCAGUCCAGGAGUAGAUGUUGCUGACCAUCUAGACUCCCGCCCCGGUGCUCAGCGAAGCCUGCCUGGGGCCUGGGCAUCCCGGCCCCCACCAGCCCCCCACCCGCCCAAGCCCAGCCCCAGCAGCCUGGCCUCUGCGGCCAGAGUCCUCCACCCCCUCGAGUCUGUACUGGGUCCAGAUCAGAGUACAGCCCCUGCCUCGGGCUGAGUGCAGUGAGGACACGGCUGGGCCUUAGGUGCCCCAAUGGAACCCAGAAUGUCACAGCCAAAUCUUGGCCCUGGAGGAGGCACAGUUCCCUCACUGGCUCCAGCCUUCCUGCCACCCGCCCUCCCCGAACACACCCCUGCUCUAGAACGCACAUCUCUGCAGACGGCCAGGCCACUGUCUCCGGAGUCCUGUUCUACUCUCCUGUGAACUGGCCUUCCUUGUCCAUGCCACCACACACCCGCAAAGCCUCAGCACAGCUUUGCAACAGGGCCCAGCUCAGGCUCCCUUGGUCACCAGGGCCAGAAGGUGAAGGCCUGUACCUCACGUGGGCGCCUGCCUCAAACCCUGGCAGCCACGGUUCAGGCCUGGAAUAUUGCUCUGUCCCCUCCAGGGUAUGGGACUGAGAGAGCUCAGGAAAAGGCACCAAGGACUGGCUCAUUCCUCUCUGCUGAAUGCUCAGACGACUCCUAUAAAUCUCUCUGAGCCUCGGCUUGCUCGUCGGUCAAAUGGGGGUGGUAUGUGCCCUGCCCACUUCAGAAUAUAUGAUUUUGAGGACCAGAA